CACUGCCUAUAAUGAACGAUAAUAAAUGACCCAAAUGGUCAGCUAUAUUGGGUUGAACUAUUUUACACGAACAAACAUCAACAGGAAGUGUAGUAACCAUAUAGUCAAUGCAUGUAGAACUAGUGUAAUCAUUUUUGUUUGUAAAUAUUCUAGUAGACGAACAAGACGAAAAUUUAUCGCUACUAUUGUGCUCGUAAUUUUUGGUAUAGGUGUUACUGUCGUUAAUUUUAAUUUUUUUGGGAAUAACCAGUUUGUAGAGAGACACUAUAAAUCUAAUAUAUUGGAAAAAAUUUCAGCUGGAUAUAGAAAUAUAUCUAACGCGUUGACUAUAACCACAAAAAUCGACAGACACUCCAAGGGGUUACUGGAAUAUGCAAAAUCAAAAGGACUUUGGGAUGGCCAGGGAGAGUUCAAUUUCCGAGAGGCGUUCAGUGGUGAAAAAGAACCGUAUGGAUCCAGAUUUUUGGCCGGGGAAAAACUUCUGGAGAAAUCCACUUCCACGAAAAGUUUCAAGGAAACGGACAUGUUUGCUAUUUUACGAGAUAAGGAGUCCGGUAUUUGUAUGACUUGCGACGGCAUAGGAAGUGUAACUCAAGGUAGUCAGGUUUCAGUUCUAUCCCGCAAGAAACCCAGCAUUCAUUGGUUCACUGCUACACCUGACCCAUCCAAGUCGGUGUUCAAACCAUUUGUGUUCACUAAAAAUGUUGUUCCUUCAAAGCACACGCAAUGCUCUAGCUCUGAGGAUCCCCACACUCUAUACUCUCUGCACUCAGAAGCAUCGAAAAAGGGAAGCUAUGUCCAAGAACUUCUGCGAAACAUGGAGUCUGAGUGCGUCAAAGAACUGGAAACCGUCAUAGAAAAAGACGACCAAGAUCUUUCCGAACUGGAUGAACUCUUCAAAGAUUGUGUAGAAACGGAAGUUAAAUUCUAUCGCUGAAAACUUCCCUUCGCUUAUCGCUUCACCAAACCCAAUGGCGAGCAAGAUAGUUCGAAGAUGACUUGCUCGUUAUUGGUCUAAGCGCCAAAUAAUUCGAUAAAUAAACUAGACACAUUUAGAUUGCAUGACCAAGUAAUAAUAAUUGUUGUUUAUGAUUUGGCUUCGUUUGUUGAUAUACGCAAUCUCAUUUUGUUUAUUGUUUGAUCUCGCUGCAGAGAUGAUUUUCUCGCAAAAACUCAAAUGUUAGGUUAGGAAGUAUGUGUGUUUUUGAAGCUUGUUAAUGAUGUCUUGCGUUGAAUGGUGGAGGUUCUGAAACCAGUUGUCUGUAGAUUGAAAAGUUUGACUUCCACGAAACUUUUAGUAUCUUUGAUAAAAAGUAACUCACAGAGCAACAUGUCUUGAAUGAAAUGGAGAGCUUCUUACGCUAGGGAGUUAUCCUCAACUUGGAUUUGUGAUUGGUUGACAAGCAGAAUCGAGAAAGCACUUUACAUGCUGCUCUUUUGAUUGGAAAACUGAAAUUUUCGUCUCUGUUUCACUCUUACAUCUUUUUCUUCAGUAUCCUCAUUUCAAAUUGUUUUCUAUGUCUGAAACUACUAUAACUGCAUUGUGAAAUUAAACCUUGAAAUGAUGAAGAAUCUCUGCCAUUCAAAAAAGUCGAUAUUUUGCUGCCAUAGUUUUUCCAAAAAAAAAACCUCAAAAAUUCUGCCAACUUGAAGAUAACUACUUUGUAACAAAUGAAUCAUGUCUCUGUCUCUCUCCCUCUCUAAUUUCUACGGCUGUUGCUUCUCAUUCAAGGGCAAUUGACCAGGCUCCUCCGGUUCAUAGUUAACGGAAGCUCUGUCCUGGGGCGCAGCUGUCUUACUCGGGGCAAUGCUGCCACCCUAAGUGUUUUCAUUUACUUAAAAAAACACACUACUCGGGAGGCCUUUCGAUAAAAAUAGCACAAAUACAUAUCUUUAUCGAACUGGCGACCUCAUCGAAUCCGACGACAUCCAGCCUGGUUACCGGCGUAAGGGGCUGCCAUUCUACGUGUUUAGAACUAUUACAGGACUAACGACCUCGUCGAAUCCGUCGACAUCCAGCCUGGUUACCGGCGUAAGGGGCUGCCAUUCUACCUGUUUAGAACUAUUACAGGACUAACGGCCUCGUCGAAUCCGUCGACGUCUAACCUGGUUACCGGCGUAAAUGGCCGUCAGUCAUAUCAAUACGUGUUUUCAGUGGUACUUAUUUUAGUAUACGCCUCACUUUUGGACUCCUUUCAGAACACGACAUCCAUGUGCCAUCUUUGAGGGCGGUCGUUAUCGGCAUAGCCGUCUUCUGUCGCGGUCGAAGGAAGUCCGAAAAUAACCAUGAAAUGGUGUGACGAUACGCGCAUGUGCCGAAUUACCGACUAACCUAAAAUUUUUCUAUUCUUUACUGAUUGAACUGAAGAUGAACCGCCCUCAAAGAUGGCGGUUGUUAUAGGCAUAUCCGUCUUCUGUCGCGGUCGAAGGAAGUCCCAAAUGAAUCAUGAAACGGUGUGACGAUGUGCGCAUGUGCCGAAUUACCGACUAACCUAAAAUUUUUCUAUUGUUUACUGAAAUGAACUGUAGAUGAAGUUAGGCUUACUUCAUCUCCUGAAGAUACCAGCUUGGUUGGUGAAACGGGCGUCGAGUAAUGCAGUUCUGGUAUCUAUCUGGGAAAAAGACUUGCUCUGCAUACUCGCCCCAUUCGCUGCUCAUGACGACUGAAGGCAUCAUACAACUACUACAGCGCUGAGCACCUUGGUGUGAUAUUGUAAAUUGUAUUUAUCAGGCGAGUGCUGUUUUGGAAAAGCGGAUAACGCUAUUCCAGGGUGGUCCAGGGAAAACAUCUCGGGGACUGUUGAGAAACGUAAAUUUCAGCGUUUUUAUACACAAGAGGAACUUGAAUAUUUAUUAUGUAAUUCUGACGAUAUCGAUGAUUCCACUUUUGCAAAUCAUGACGUGGAAAAAUGUGGAUGGUAUGAUUCCGAUGAGGAAGAUGAAAUGGCGGG